UCCAAGGCAACUCGUAUGGACGUAAACAGUAAGAAAUACAGCCAACGAAAGUUACAUAGGUGACAUACGACGUUUUGUCAACUGGUGAUGUGAUACGCGCAGACACAACUGGCGAAGAAACUGAGUUCGGCAUAAAUCAAAUCCGCGUGUGCUAUCCAAGGAUAUAUUAGAAAGAAAUAUUGUGUGUGCAAUUAUUAGUGUCUCCAAGUGUAUCUUAUGACUUUUUUCCACGACAUUUUGUGUGCAGUAAAAGUGACGAGACAUGUAAUCGGCGUCCGACGCAAAAGGAGAUAAAAAACUGGGUUUGCGAAUUUCUCUUUCGAUCCGUUCGUAUUUUCGGCGAGUUUAACAUGGAUUCCGAUGGAUUUGCUAUAUGUUCCAGACAAUUACUGUAGCAGACUAUUCUUCUGAAGUAAUCUAAUCAACAGUCGGUGAUGAAGUUAGCAAUUAUAACAUUCGAUGAUGGAUCUGAUAAAAGAAAAAAGAGUUCUAAAGACGACCAGCACACGAUACGAAUGGAGGUUUGCGGAGAGAAACCUCCUAGUCACAUUGUAUAUAAUUUUAUGUGCAAUUCAAUGUAAUUGUCUAAAUACGGAGCACAGUCAAAAUGAAACUAUAACCAAAACAGGUGUAAAUGUAGAUAUAAAAGUAGAUUCUAAUCAUUGCCAUAGUUGUCAAACUAAUAGUAAUAAAUUUAAUAACGAUAACAAAACUACAAAGAACAAAAUGGCACCUACACAGGCCGAACAUUUUGUAGACGAUGUUAUUAUUACCUUAGGUACAUUUACGAAAAGAUAUUUACUUGUUAAUACGACUGAAAGCGAGCUUGAAAAUGAAGUAGAAAGUAUAUUUGAUAAUGUAUUAAGGAACGAUCGAUACCAAAUUAUCGAUGGCGUUGAAAUAAAACCAAUUGAUAAAGAAGAGAAAAGCCAAUUACAAGAUAGAAGCGCUGCUGUUUCAGAAGGCAGAGCUCUAUUUAGUAAAUACACAUACGAAUAUAGAAUGCUAGAGAAAUUCAAGAAUUUCGUAGAAAAUCAUGUUUUGUCAAUUAAUCUACCAAAAGCAGCUAAAUAUAUGGGUUUUAGAUCAUUCGGGCUCAACAAAUUUUUUGUACCCUUACUAAUUGGGGGACAAGUUUUGAUCAAGUCCAUUUUAUUCGCAAUGUUCCUGCCAAGCAUCUUGGGAAGUUUUGGCAAGAUUCUUGGCAAAGGUAUAUCCCAGCUAUCAGCUACCUCCAGUCAAGCGAGCUACCCACCAGCAAAUACAGAUGAUCAAGCAGGAUACAGCAAUGAUAACAAGGAUUUCAUGGGUUACGAGACAAACCCUGCAGGGUCGUAUGCAUACCCUCAAGACGGCAACGGAUUCUACAACGCUGAUCCUAAUGAUAACAAUGAUUUGUCUAAUAUCGAUAUGUCUAGAUAUGGCGACCAGAAGGCAUCGUACCUCCCUACAAAGAAUGGAUAUUACCAGAACCAAAUAAAUGCGGCUAGCAAUAAUUAUAAGGUGUUCCAUAAAAUCCCGGCUUCUUCAAUGAUAUUAAGUAAUUAUGAUCCAUUCUACUCGCCUCUUCUCUCGCGGCUUGAUGGAAUAUUUGCUAGACUCGGUCUGGCCCCGUCGGAGUCCAUGGAUGACCAUGGGGGCAUGCAGAUUGGGGCGCAGAGCUUGAGCGAUGUAAAGCUGGAAUCUUGUCGGGAGCAGCUGAUCUGCCUCAUGUAUGCCAGUCCCGCAAAAUAUGCACCAUACAGCAAUUUGAUAUCAGCGCAAUUGAGCAGAGAACUGAACGAGCUUCGGCGACCGGUAUCCGACAACCCUGAAAUCCUGCGGUUCUUCCGAUACAUGCGGGCGGCGAGGCGCGGGCAGGAAGGUGUAGACUGCAUGCGCGCGCAUCCUGCUUGUUCCGCCAAUGCUGCGCCCGCGCAUACCAUGAUUGCAGCGUACCACGACAUAAACAAACUCGUCACUGCUAGAAAGAUUAAGAAUUAAUGAGCACAAAAAGCGUCGCGUGUUUCUUUCGAGUGAACAUUAAUAAACCUCCUGGACUUUUGUGUGUAAAUCUGAGUGUAAAUUAUAUUAUACAUUUGACUUACAAUUGCUAAUAUCUUCGUCAAGUUUUUUUUUUAUUGCUCAAUAUCAAUUCAGUGCCGGUGUUAUAUUUUAUUUAAUAAUAAAAUUGUU